AUUUUUCUGUAUUUUUUUUAAAGUUCUGUUGACUUUGGAAACCACCUGGUAUAUAUAGGUGUUACAAAGAACCAUUAAGUCCACAAAACUACUGUACUCUGUCCAACAUGUUGCGAGGGUAUCAAAUACAUUACAUUUGGAUUUAUUCAACAAUAUUCUAAUCACUUUUUAAUGACCCUAAUUCGUCGCGUUUCAUUGAACUGCCGACGUGUCUUCAAGUCUUGGUUCUAUAUAAAUCGUGUUGAAGCAAUAAGCAAUUCAGUUUACUUUUCUUAAUAUGGAUUAUCGCAGCUUCUUUAUAAAGCUCCUUAUAGCUUUUUGUCUGGUUGUUAAUGCCACGCAAAACGAAGACGGCUCCGCGGAACUGAUACCGAGUCCUCGAAUAGUCAGCGGGGGAUUUGCUGCUUUAGGACAAUUCCCAUAUCAAGUAUCCGUGCGUCUCAAUAAUCAACAUAUUUGUGGUGGCGCGUUGAUAUCAAAAAGAUUUGUUGUUACCGCAGCACAUUGUGUCUACUACAUUGAUUACAACACCCUAAGUGUACAAGCGGGCACUGUGAGCCGCACCAAUGGCGGCGAAAUCCGAGCAGUUUCUACUGUUAUCACACACCCGCUGUAUGGUUUCAGUAAUGAUAUUGCUUUGAUACAGAUAGAAGCACCAUUCAACUACUCCGAUGUCAUAAAACCUGUAGCGAUUACUACUUGGGAUGUACCAGCAGGUGAGCUGGUUGCUGUUUCCGGUUGGGGUCGUGUAUACGAAGGUGGCCCACUCUCUGAUAUAUUAAGGUACACUAAAACACUGAAAACUCUGAAGAAUGAAGAAUGCGCUAAAGCUAACGGUACAGUGGACCCUGGCAUACUGUGCCUCCUCAGUCCACAAGCAGCAGGUUUUUGUGAUGGCGACGAUGGUGGACCUGCCGUUUAUAGAAACAUUCUAAUUGGUAUUGCCAGUUCUAUUACAAAUGGCUGCGGCUCUAUGGCAAAAGGAGGCUUUACUAAGCUGGCUUACUAUAAGGGUUGGAUAGAUGCAGUAGUUACUGGUCUGGUGCAGCAUUGACUUUUUAUUCCUUAAUAUAUUAACAAACAGCAAAUAUAAAACAGAAUUUCUAAAGUAAAGUAA